GCUAUUUGCUCGCCGACGGCUGUCAAUCAACCCCGUGGUUCAACCACGCCCGAUCCUGUCCAACAUCCUUGCAUACCUCGUCGGGCGUUUUUCGGUCGCUCAUAUCAUGACAACACUCCCAACACCAACGUGACGAAUCGCCAGCUACUGCCAAUCCUCUACCAGCGUCUCAGGUGGGCCUCGUCGCACCUCCUGCCCCUCCUCCUUCCCCCGACGAGGCGUCCGACAAACGCACUGAUUCUAUGUCCUUCGACAAUGACGCCCCGACCGACUCAAUAUCGGCGCCCCCCAUGGCAGCCUCCGCCCUGAAGAGCCCGAAGACCCGGCAGUCCCUCUCAGGAGGCUUCCCACUGUCCCAGUCGGACGUCUCCUUACCCUACCGAGAACGAGAUCGAGAUCGGCGGUCACUGCAGUCGGCAUCGCUCUACGCCGCGACCUUGUCUCCUCCAGGAUCCCGCCCACAGUCGCCGUCUGGAAGUCGCCCACCCUCGGCGCGGAUAGUCUCCGGCUCAGUAUUCGGCGGUGCCCAGAACAAUGCCCUCGCCCUGACACAGGCUGCGGGAGAAAGCCCGGGCGAUCCGCUCAACCUCAUCCUCCAGGCCUUCGUGCCCAACAUCGCCGUGUACGCGUCCGAAGAUACCGAGACGUUGAUAAAGGAGAAGGGGUUCAGCGGCGGCCUGUGGGAGCUCCUUCGACCAUAUGGCGAGCGCGUGCAGGGCAAGGUCAUCAUCAGAGACAGCCACGGCGCGAGCCGCACAUACGAGGACUACUCUGUCCACUUCACGCCGCUCGGCCAGAAGAUUGAGCACCCAGAACCGACGUCGGGCGUGCUCAAGAACACCCCACCAGCAGGUGCCAACGGAACACAGCAGCCAGCACAAGGAGAUGCGGCCAAGAAGAGCCGGCAGACAAUCGAGGCCGUCGAGGCCGUCGUGGAGAGACACCUCUCGUUCGCCGAGGAUGCGUUCUUCACCAACCCCCACGCAGCGGGCGGCACCGACCACGGGCUCGAUAUCGACGUCCCAUCACCCUACUACGCGCUGUAUAUGCGGAGGCUCCUCUCCGGCCUGCCCAUCUCGCCACACGAAUCUUUCUCGCAUCCAGUCGCGUGCAUCGUCGCCAUCAGCUCGCGCACCGCGUCGCCAAUCGAGACGCUGCGGCGCCUGUACACCGACACAAGCACAGGAGACAAGCACCUGCCGAACUGGGUCGACCCGGAGUUCCUGCGCUACUAUGUGCUCGUCCACGACGAGGAGAAGGACGACAUUACCAAGUCAAUGGCCUUGUUUGACCAGAUGCGGCGGAACCUGGGCUUGAACUGCGAUAUGCUGCGCAUCCGCGGCACGCAGAGCGCCGAGACGGACGACGACAGCAUACCGCUGCCACGAGCUGAGUGGAUGUCCGCGGCGGAAGAGCUCGCGGACAUCAAGCGCAGCGAGGACGAAGAAGCGUUUGAGGAUCCGACAAAGUACAUCUUCGAGUCGGACGCGACGGCUAUACGCACGUUUGUGAGGGAGAUGGUUACCAAAUCGAUAAUACCCAACAUGGAACGGCAGGUUGCACUGUGGAACGACCAAGUGGCAUCGAAGCGCAAAGGCGUGGCUGGGAGGUUUCUGGGACUGACCAAGCGAUGGGGAUUCGGCAGCAGCUCGAGGUCAUCAGGCUCCGGAUCGAGCUCGGGCAGCAACUACGAACCUCUGGGUUUCUAUCGCCACGACACUCCGGAAGCUAUUAUGAGGAAGCUUGCGGACUACAGCUUCAUGCUGAGGGAUUGGAAGCUGGCAUAUUCGACCUACGACAUCAUCCGCGGCGACUUCAACAGCGACAAGGCCUGGCGCUAUCACGCCGCUGCCAACGAGAUGGCCGCGCUCAGCCUGCUCAUCAUGCCGCAGAACCUGUCAUCCAAGACGAGAGCUGAGGCACUGGAUUCCAUGUUCGAGGCAGCCGUCUAUUCGUACCUGACUCGCUGCACAGCACCAUACGGAGCCUUGCGGUGUCUUGUGCUGGGCAUGGAGCUGCUCCGGCUCCGCGGCGGCACCGGAGUAGACGAGGCUGCGAAGUGGGGCAUACGGCUGCUCGAGAGCAAGAUCAUGGGUCCCGUGGGCGACGCGCUGAUCAAGGAGCGUCUGGCGGUGUGCUAUGCCUCGAAGCAAGGGCUGGGCUCGCGGGCCUGGGGCUCGCGGCCACGCAAGUCGGCGCUGUGGAGCAUCCUCGGUGCGGAGGCGUGGCUCGAGCAGGCCAAGCACAUCCAGGCGCAGCGGUGCCUGAACGAGGCGCGGCUCAUGUAUUCGGAGCUCUCCGCGGAGAAUGGCAUCGACAAGUUUGCAUUUGCGAGUGGGUACAUGCUGAGCCUGGGCCAGCAGCUCAACGAGCACCUGCGCGAGUUUGACGGCGAUGACGACGACGACGGCACGGGGGCGGACAGCAGCGAGGUGAUUGACGAAGAGAGCGAGGCGCUUGAUACCAGAGGCAGGAAGGGCAGUGUGAGCAGGCCCAUGGGGACCAGCUUGGAGACGGCGCCCCUGCACCAGCAGGGUGUGCCUGCGGAGGACGAGAGGGAUCCCGGCAAGCCCGAGGACGACUUUGGUUGAGGGGCACGGGUUUAUUAUUAUAGAAGGACUUGAUGUAGACGAAAUGAUAUGCAUGCAAUACUAGCGAUUUACACGGUCGGGGAACCAGCCAUGCAUGAGCCUACUUAGACAAUGUUCC